AACACUGCAGAGGUAGACGGAUUGAUUGACUUCUAGUCGUAAAUAAGUGCGAAGGUUUUAGAUAAAUUUGUUGCUCAAUCACUUUCCGUUCAAUAAAAAACUGUAAUCUCUGUAAUACCAUGGGUUUGACACACAGUAUUGCUGUUCCUGGAGGAGGAACUGAGGGCUAUCACGUCCUUCGGGUGCAAGAUAAUUCACCGGGACAAAAGGCAGGCCUAGAGGCCUUCUUCGAUUUUAUAUUGGCAAUCGGAAACACACGACUGGAUCAGGAUAAUGAUACACUGAAGGAGUUAUUGAAGGUCAAUAUCGAUAAGGAGAUACAGAUGACUAUAUUCAGCAGCAAGACGCAAAAUAUUCGGGUGGUCAAUAUAAGUCCAAGCGCUAGCUGGGGCGGACAAGGGCUGCUUGGAGUUAGCAUACGUUUCUGUUCAUUCGAAGGUGCAAACGAGACGGUUUGGCAUGUUUUAGAAGUGCAUCCUUCUUCACCGGCCGAGGAAGCUGGUUUAAUACCAUUUACAGAUUACAUUAUUGGAGCAGACUCGAUUUUGCAUGAGAGUGAGGAUUUGUUCACAUUGGUUGCAUCGCACGAAGGACGACCCUUGAAAAUGUACGUUUACAACAUUGAGAAGGAUGCCUGCAGGGAAGUCACGAUUACACCGAACAGCAAAUGGGGUGGCGAUGGCAGUCUUGGGUGCGGAAUUGGAUAUGGCUAUUUACAUCGAAUACCAAUUCGAGUACUACCGACGGACGCUAAACCGAAUCCUGCACUAAAUCAAACCAUGGCUUCGGUACCGACUUCGGUUCCUGCUGGAGGAGACUCCAAUGCAAAUACAAACAAUCGUUCAAUUCCAUUUAUACCGAUGGUACCACCAUUAGCAAAUACGUUCGUUCCCAGCACAACAACUGCUCAUGCGGACCUGCUGACGGUUUGUCCAAGUUCACCUAAAGGUAGCCCUACGGAAACAGUGACGGAUCAACAUACCAAUCAGGCUAACGAUAGUCCUCUUCUGGCUAGUUCAUCAAUCGUACAGCCAAGCAAUGAUUCAAAUCCGGGUGUAGCCUCUCCACCUAUCAACGUGGCUCAAACAUUGUACACGCCAGCUACGGAAGCAAUUACAUCUGCGGCAAAUGUACCGCCGUCACCAGCAACAGACGUAGCUGCUUCGAUGUCCUCGACAUUGACUACAACGAUACCGAUGUAUCCACCAAAAGGACAGCAGCAACAACAAAACCCUUAUAGUAAACAGGCCCAGCAUGCAAUGCAAAUGUCUUACCCUGUGAGCAGCGUUACUAGCAAUGCUAUGCCAAUGGUAAAUCCGAGCAUUUUUAGUUCUGAUGUUCCACCGCCGUCUACACUAGGCAGUAACUUUUACGAAAUUUACGGAACGGCUACAAACGCACCAACCUCCACCAUUAACACCCCUGCUAGUUUAUCCUACCCACCCAGCAUUAUCAACUUCCAACAACAACAAAAUGCACCGCAAUAUCAACCACAGCAGUACACUGCGGCUAGUCAGCAGAUGCCGCCGCCCAUUCAGAUGUAUUCCACUUUCCCUCAACAAAUGACAUCGAUUGAUUCGGUCCAGCAAUCACCGCCAUUAUUUCAGACGAGUGCCGUAACAACACCCAUCUCUCUACCCGGUAUGCCGCCAAUAACGGUCAGCGCCACCAUUGAAGCCGAAGCUCUGCGUGGACUACAGUUUGGUAACAGUUCCCAACAGCAGGCUCCUGGAGCAGCUGGAAGAGAAUCACUGCAAUAGCUGUAGAUAAGCUGAACUGGAAGUAGUUGUAUAUAUGAAAAGAUUGUCAUGUCAGCCCUUGAAUGGUGGUAAUCAUGCAUGCGCAUCGGUUUACAAAGAUUAUGCCAGAUUCACCAGCAUAGGUGCUCUGCAUGAUAUUCAAAUUUUGCAUACAUUAUAUUGCGUUUAACGAGUCUAUGAUUUUUAUUGUGUUGUUCCAUCCGGAAAAAGUUAUGUUAAAUGGUAAAUUAUUAUUGAGGGUACGAUUGCCUGCAUAUUGCACAUUUUUAAGAGCUCUUUUAGUAAAAAUAAGCGGGAAGAGAAGCCCACUGGAACCAAGUCUGGAAUAUGCAUUGCUUUAAUGAGCUACAGAAAAGCAAAAAACCUUAGAAAGACUAUCGACUAAAUUUACGAAAACUUUGUAUGUUAUCUAAUCGAGAAGCAGUGUCAAAUAAAGGCAAAUUAAA